UAGGGGCCAUAUCCCUCUUGCGGCCUACAUGGACGAUCUGCUGGUGAGUAGUGUAUCUUGGAAGGAUCAUCUGGCCCAUCUCGCUCGAGUCUUUGAAAGGUGUCUCGAGAAGGGCAUUCGUCUCAAACCUUCCAAGUGUUAUUUCGGACUGCCUCAGAUCGAUUAUGUUGGCUAUCGUGUAUCCAGAGAAGGCAUUUCCCCUGAUCCCUCAAAGGCGAAGGAGAUCUCUGCUAUCAGUACUCCGACCAGUAAGUCUCAAUUGCAAGCCUUUCUGGGUCUGAGUGGCUACUACCGAGAUCAUAUACGUGACUAUGCUUCCCGUACAUUUCACCUUCGUCGACUUACUCGUGAAAAUGUCACGUGGCGAUGGGGGGACGUUGAGCAGUCAGAGUUUGAAGAUAUAAAGCAUUCUCUUUCUCACUCUGUUCUCGUUCAUCCAGAUUUCACCAAACCCUUCAUCGUACAAGCUGAUGGGAGCAGUCACGGUCUCGGAGCUGCUCUCUGUCAAGUGGAUGAUAACGGUGUGGAGCGUCCCAUAAAGUUCGCCAGUCGAGCUCUGUCAUCAGCCGAAAGUAAGUGGUCUACAGAGCAGGUAGAGUUACUUGCCGUCUUGUGGGCUGUUGAGCACUGGCACUACUAUCUAUACGGGCGUCGCUUCACAAUCGUGACUGAUCACGAUAAUCUUCGAUGGUUAUUACAUGUCUCGCCUAAAAAGCCCCGGCUGUGUCGAUGGGUUCUGAGACUUUGUGAAUAUGAUUUUGAUAUUAUCCAUCGUAAGGGGGCUCAGCAGUCCAAUGUAGACUUCUUCAGUCGAUAUCCUUCCUCCGGUCCUGCCAAGAGUAAUGGCCGUGAUGGCAAUGAUCG